UCAGCGCGUCGUAUCAUGAAUAGUUGGUUAAUGAAGAUGGGUGUGUACGAGUCUUGUUAAAUGGAUUGUGUUUAGUUUUAAAAAUGGUAGUGAGUAAAAGUGACGUGGAGGCUGAGUCGCAGAAGGAGCAGAUUCCUCAUGAACACCUUUUCAAGGUGACAGGGUUGUCGUCGAGCAAUCUGGAGAAGUUGGCGCAAGAUGUAGCCGCCGCCACGCCGGCUGACUUCGAGACCGCCAUAGCUGCGACGGGCUAUGGCCGCUUCAACAUCUGCCUGAUGCUCUGCACCCUCCCAGCGUUCUGGAGUGCUGUGUCUGUCACCAGCAACGUCUCUUACAUCUUCACCAGGGCACGGUGUGACAUGCAACUCAGUUUAUUGGACAUGGGGACAGUCAAUGCUAUCACUUAUGGAGGUAUGAUCUCAUCGGCCAUGAUCUGGGGGUUCCUCUCGGACACGCUGGGCCGCCGCCGCAUCAUGGUGUGGGGCUUCUUCUUCAGCGGAAUCCUGGAGUUCUGCGUCUCCAUCAGCCAGAACUUCAUCAUGCUCCUGCUCACAAGAUUCGCUAGCGGAUUCCUCUUCAACGGCCCAUUCGCAGUCCUGAUCUCCUACCUGGCGGAGCUCCACCGCACAGAACUGAGAGCCCGCGUCAUCUUGCUCACGAGCUUGUUCUAUACCAUCGCCAACACCACCUUACCACUCCUCGCCUGGGCCAUCUUGACCAAGGAGUGGCAUUUCUACAUCUUCGGAAACAGUUUUGUAAUCCACGCAUGGAACCUGUUCCUAAUGGCGACAGCGCUGGUACCACUGCUGACUGGCCUGGCUUUCCUCUGUCUGCCAGAGAGCCCCAAGUUCCUGAUGUCACGAGGCAGGAACGAAGAGGCGUUGGAAGUGUUCAAGAGGAUCUAUACCAUGAACACGGGAAAACCGAAAUCUGAUUUUCCGGUGGCAGUGCUAGUGGAGGAGAAGUCGGAGCAGCAAGCGCGCGGAGUGGCAGCCCUGCGCGGCGGCUGGGCUCAGUUGGCACCCCUGUUCAGGGCGCCGCAUGUGAAGUGGUUGGUCCUCUUGUGCACCAUCCAUAUUGGGUGCAUGUUCGGGUCCAACACUCUCCGCCUCUGGUACCCCCAACUAGCAGCCAUGAUUGGUUCAAACUCCAAUGAAAGUCUCUGCGCCGCCAUUGCUCCCGAAGCCACUGCUCCUCCUGACGACGAGUCCUGCCAGCCCAUACAGACAGACAUGCUGACGUAUCUGCAGAGUGCCAUAGUCGGGGCUGGGUCAGUGCUGACGUAUGGCAUCGGCGGUGUUUUGGUCAAUAGAUGCGGUAAGAAGUUAGUGGCCGGUUUCUCCAGCGUCCUGAGUGCAGUCACCAUCGUGAUGCUUCCGUUCCUGGGCACCGGCGCCUUCACCGUCGUAGCCCUGGUCACUACAGCCCUAGCGCUAUCUUCUCUCUGCGGCGCUUCGCUUUCUAGCAUCACUGUGGACUUGUUUCCCACUUCUUUGAGAGUAAUGGCGCUGGCAACAUUCCUCAUGUGUGGCCGAGUGGGAACUAUAAUGGGCACCGUGGCGUUCCCCGCGCUGAUGCAGUAUGGCUGCCUACCCCCUUUUAUCACCAUCGCAGCUGUGCUUGGAACCAUCGGCCUUGCUUGCAGUAUUAUACCAAAUACUAACCUGAAGAAACUUGAGUAAAACUAAAUUAAAUGUUAUCUUACAUUAACUGUAAAAAGCAGUCUUGUUCAUAGAUUUAGAAAUAAUGAAUCCACUAUUGAAUAUUUUUCUUUAUGAUAGACAUCCCGCAAAAUAACUUUUGGAUAUUUCUUAAAAAACGUGUCGAGGUGAUACUCAUAGGCGGGCCCUUGGGUACUUCACAGGUAAUAAUAGCACUCUGUGAAGGAGCCAAGGGUCUGCCUGUAGUCAUAAUCCAGGAAAUCAAGAAAUGGCAAUUUAGAAGAAGUACACGAAGCGACUCCCGUCUAGAAUUAGGUCUUCUGUUCAGACACAGAGUAACCGCUAUUCUGUUUAUAAACCUAAUUCAGCUUAGGUCAUGUCAUGUUUAUUUGCUUAUUUAUUGUACACAUAUAGUUACUUAUACACUUCUGAAAACGAGGUAAUGGUUCUAUUUCAAACCACACAUAGCACGUUGCCGUCUUGAUUCGAAAUAAGUACUUAAUUAGAGGUCUUUUAUAUCAUUUAGAUUAGUCUUUGAAAACUUUAGAUCAUUAUUAAUUGUACCAAAAGAAUUUGUAUAUCUAGCUAAGUAAUUGCUUAACCACUUAUUGUAAUGAUAAUUUAUUUUUAUAUAAUGUGUUGUAUAUAUGUAUAUCAUAUUACGUACGUAAUUAAUAUUUUUUAUUUAUAUUUUAAUUCUCUUCUGUGUCGGAUAUAAUGAAUUAAGAUUGUAAAUAUGUAAGUAACUUCUAAAUGUAAUUGUAUUUAUAAACCAAUUUGUUAGUGUUUCAAUCAUGUAGGGUAUCCGAAAUAAAAUGGCCAAGUUUUUAAAAAUAUUCUCUUUUAUUAUAAUUUAUAGUAACCUAAUCUCAUCCAUCUUUCAGUCAAACAACUAAACACUUAACCGGCGAUUUGGGGAGACUAUAUUUAUUUUAUUAUAAUUAUCAACAACAUUUUCUUUAAACAAUGUGUAAUGUCAAGAUUAACGGCAUCAAAAUUAAAAUGUCAGAAUAGUACAGGCAUAAACAAAAGUUUAUUUAUAUUAUAACGUUUAUAAAAAGAAUAUCCGACCUAUGUUUGACUUCACUUUAUGAUCUUACUUUACUAAAUUUUACUCAUAUGAAUGUCAAAAUUUAUUUUCAUAUACACAUUGUUUAAAUUAAUGUUCACAUUUAAGUCGCUAGAUCAGUCUAAUGCAGUGACUAAUAAUAGCAUUACAAACUUGACGACUAAAUAAAUUGCUGGUUCCUGGGUUAGUAGGUAUUUUGUGACAGUAUUUAAUUUUCUAAAAAUUGGUUUGUCAACAUUUAUAAUUUUAAUGGAUAAUAUUAAAAAAUGUCUGUCUUAUUUGUGGACAGCUUUGAUGAUCAUUUAACAUAGAAUUUUAUGAUAUUUCUUCUUAAAAUUUCAAUAAGUAUCAUCGAUUUAAAAUGUACUAAAAAUAAAUUUCUUUCAUGAAAUCAAAUAUUUUCGAGUUACAAUUUACAUGAUACGGCUGACUUCAAUCAAUAUUUUAACAAUUUUAUUUAUAAGAAAAAUAAAAUACAUAGUAAAAUAAAGUUACAUCUCCCAGUUUCCAGCUAAAAUGUCAAGUAAAACAUGCAUAAAUACAAUAAAUACCAAAUAGUAUACAUACCCCCCUUUGAACGACAUUAGUAAGAAUAAUAGGUAUAUUUUAAGGCAAAUUUCUCUCUUU